AUGAAUUCAACAAAUAUUUGGAAAAAAAGACCCAACGAUAAGAGUGAAAAAAAAUCAAAUGGAAUUUUAAACAGUCAUAAUUUUAAACCAAAGAAAAAAAAAUUAAAUUUAAAUUUGUUAAAAGAUAAUUUAAUAACAAAUUGGAUUGAAAAUGAAAAUGAUGAAAAAAGUCAAUCAUCAAUUGAUUUUGAUUUAUUGUAUAAAAAAUCUCAAAUAAAUCUAAAUGAUCAAGAUGAAGAUAGUUUACAACUUGAAAAUCUUCAACGUUUAUCAACAAUGAAAAAUAUUAUUUUUCUUGAUUUAGAAAAUUUUUCAAGAUUUUUUCAACAUUUAACAAAUCAAUUACCUGAUUACACUUAUGUUAUUGCUUUUCAAGCUUCAAAUAUUCAAUGGAAACCACCAAAAAAUGAUAUUGUUUAUGAAAAUUUAUUAAAUUUAAAUAAUUUUCAAUUAAUGCGUCCAAGUGGAAAUCGACAUGAUGCUGCUGAUUUUGCUCUUGUUCUUACUUUUGGUAAACUUCAUGGUCUUCUUCCUAAAUCAAUUUCAUUUACAAUAAUUAGUGGUGAUAAAGGUUUUAUUGAAGUAAUUCAUCAAUUAAAAAAUUCUCAUCGAAGAAUAAAUUGGUUUAAUCCUCAUCAAUUUUCAUAUGAAAAUUUUAAUCACAUUUUAAAUAUUUCAUCAACAUCUUCUUUUCUUCUUUAA